GGGCUAUAAAAAGGGAAGGGCCAUGGCAAAGGUUAAGUCCCUCCAGUGAUGAGAACAAAGUCUCUGUCGCUUAAAUCUCUAAAUUCUCUCUGUUUUUUCUUUUUAACACUGCUUAACACAUACAAAACAUAAAAAAACGAAGAAGGAAUCGAAUCAGAAGUGGAAUACAGGAGGAAACUUGGGUUCGGUCUCUCCCUUUCAACUCCCACUUUUAAAAGAAGAGAGCUUGCCAGGAAUUUCAAACCCAAAAAAGAGACAACCUUACCAAAUCUUUAUACAUUUAUAUACAUAAUAGAGAGAGAGAUACUGUUGCACGCAAUAUAUAGCAACAGCAGCAGCAGCAGCAGCAGUGGUACAUAUAUGUAUGUAUAAAGAUUAAAGAGAGCGAGAGAGUGAGAGAGAGUGGUGUGUUUUUGUGUUUUUUUUUUUAUGUGUAUUACUUGUUAUAGUAGUUUGAAUAGGAGCAAAAAGGGUAUUUUUCAUUUCCUUGAACAUCCUGCGCCAAUACCCAAAUAUUGAAAACGCGCAUUAUUAUUUUCUUUUUCUUUGUUUUCCUGCUUUUGAGGUCUAGCUCGCCGUCUUUGGGAUUAGGCACUGCGUUGUAGAGAUUGGUGGCGCAUUAAAGUUUAAAGCUUUUACUGAAGAGAUCUUCAAAAGCAGCUGAAGAUUUUUUUUUCUAUUGACAUUUAUGGCCACCUCUGUUACAAAUUCUUGGAAUUGAAAAUCUUGAAAACUCUAUCAGCGGCAGCGGCAGCAGGAGCAGCUAUAGCUUGCCUGUUUUCCAUUCUGAAAACAAGGAAAAAGAUCUACCAGUAUUUGGACGUUGUUUGUUGUUGCCUUCUUUAGAGAAAAACGAAGACAAUGUUGCCUCAGAAGCAAGCAGAAGAAGCGAUAGUCUCGAACUUUAGUGAGACAGAACAUGAAGGCAAAGAAGAAGGAAGAGAAGCAGAAGAACAACACUCCAUGUUUAAUGUUAAAAGCAUCCUCUGGCAUGGUGGCUCUGCUUGGGAUGCCUGGUUCAGCUGUGCUUCCAAUCAAGUUGCACAAGUACUUUUGACGCUCCCAUACUCUUUCUCUCAACUGGGUAUGCUGUCAGGAAUUUUGUUCCAAAUAUUCUAUGGACUCGUAGGAAGCUGGACUGCUUACCUUAUCAGUGUACUAUACAUCGAAUACAGAAGCCGAAAGGAGAAAGAGAACGUCAACUUCAAGAACCAUGUUAUACAGUGGUUUGAAGUGCUUGAUGGGUUACUGGGUCCAUACUGGAAGGCAGCAGGACUUGCCUUCAACUGUACUUUCUUACUCUUCGGAUCUGUUAUUCAGCUUAUUGGUUGUGCAAGUAACAUUUACUACAUCAAUGACCAUUUGGACAAGAGGACUUGGACUUACAUUUUUGGAGCUUGCUGUGCUACAACAGUCUUCAUACCUUCUUUCCAUAACUACCGAAUUUGGUCUUUUCUUGGCCUUGGCAUGACUACUUACACUGCUUGGUACCUCACCGCAGCAGCUCUUGUUCAAGGCCAGGUAGAAGGAGUAACACACACAGGUGCAAAAGAGCUAGUGCUGUAUUUCACCGGAGCCACCAACAUACUCUACACCUUCGGUGGACAUGCUGUGACUGUGGAAAUCAUGCACGCCAUGUGGAAGCCACAAAAGUUCAAGUACAUAUAUUUGCUAGCUACAAUCUAUGUUUUCACACUAACACUUCCGUCAGCCACCGCCAUGUACUGGGCCUUCGGUGAUAAGCUACUUAACCACUCCAAUGCCUUCUCUCUUCUUCCCAAAAAUGGAUUCCGUGAUGCCGCCGUGAUUCUGAUGCUUAUUCAUCAGUUUAUAACAUUUGGGUUCGCAUGCACUCCGCUUUACUUUGUGUGGGAGAAAGUUAUAGGAAUGCACGACGCCAAGAGCAUAUGCCUUAGGGCACUUGCUAGGCUACCUGUGGUGGUACCAAUAUGGUUUUUGGCCAUUAUCUUCCCAUUUUUUGGUCCUAUUAACUCAGCAGUUGGGGCUCUUUUGGUCAGCUUCACCGUCUAUAUUAUUCCAUCUUUAGCACAUAUGCUUACCUACAGAAAAGCCUCCGCUAGACAGAAUGCAGCAGAAAAGCCUCCUUCCUUUUUACCAAGCUGGACGGCCAUGUAUGUGGUUAACACUUUCAUAGUAGUAUGGGUUUUAGUGGUUGGUUUUGGGUUCGGUGGAUGGGCCAGCGUGAGCAACUUCGUCAAGCAAGUUGACACGUUUGGGCUCUUUGCUAAAUGCUACCAAUGCAAACCUCCAGCUCCUCCGGUCACCGCAGCAGCAGCACCAUUACCCUCUUCUUCCCAUCACCACUGAGCUUAAUUAUAAAUGACUUGAUGAUUAUAUAUCUUUCUUUCUUUUAUUUCUUUUCCUUCCUUCAUAUUUUGUAUCAUACAAAGGGGGGGUAGCAAUAUCUCCUCUACAUGUGAUGUGUGCUGGAUUUUGCUUUCUUCUUUUCUUUUCUUUUUCUCUAAAUAUUUUUUUUCUUAAUUAGUUGAUAGAAUACUAUGUUGAUGAAUUGUGAUGAUUCCUUUGCUAUGAAAGCAUAGGCCUAAUUAAUUAAAUCAGAUAUGAAAUAUAAUAUAUAUGUUAAAUGUUUAGUCUUCCA